AUGGUGAAAAAUAUUACUGUAUCUUACGGUAAAGGGCGCCUUCCCACCCUUACCCUCGAUCAAGAGCAGAAAUUGAAGGAUAUGUGGGCACACUUUCUAAACUAUUGUGGAUCCCUUCCCCCUAAUCUUAAGACAACGGUUUCGACUUUAACUCAACAUUCAGCAGAUACAAAACAAAAAAAGAAUGGAAGCAGCUGGUUUGGGCGAGGAAAAGUUGAAGUUAUUGAAGAUACUCCUGAAAUGGAGUUUGCGGCUUUUAAGGAAGCAAUCAAAGAACUUCCAGGUGAUCAAGUUCUUAAAGUGACUCUUCAAAUGGUCAGAUUCGACCAUCCUGAUUCUCUGAUGCUGAGAUUUUUGAGAGCUCGGAAAUGGAACGUCAAAAAUGCUUUGAUCAUGAUAGGAAAGACUAUUCAUUGGAGGGUUACCGAAGGUCAUCCAGAUAAACUUUUGCAAACAGGAGAAAUUGGAGCAAUUGAAAAUAAAUAUGACGAUUUCAUGUUGCAACUGAGAUCAGGGAAGGGCUAUAUUUAUGGGUAUGAUUUAAAUGGAAGGCCAGUUGUUCAUAUCCAUUCUGAUCUUCAUAAUCCUAAGGCUCAAGAGCUUAAAUCGGUACAAGAUUUUACUAUCUACCUACUUGAAACCGGUAGACUUUUAUUGAAAGAUCCUGUUGACACUGCUACUGUUUUUUUUGAUCUUAGCAAGUUUGGAUUGUCUAAUAUGGAUUACGGAGUGGUAAAAUUUUUGAUUGCUUGCUUUGAAGGAUACUAUCCUGAAACUCUUGGUCUUAUGAUUAUUCAUAAGGCUCCUUGGGUAUUUUCCGGAAUAUGGAAUAUUAUCAAAAAUUGGAUGGAUCCAUUUGUUGCCCAAAAAAUUGUUUUUACUAAAAGUUAUGAAGAUCUGCUUAAAUAUUUUCCUCCUGAAUAUAUUGAAAAGGAGCAUGGUGGCAGCGAUGAUUAUCAGUACAAAUACAUUGAGCCACCAGCAGGAGAAAGCGCAAAAAUUAACGACAAUGCAACUCGAGAAAAAAUUUUUUUGCAACAAGAAGAACUACAACAAGAAUUUAUUGAAGCCACUAUCGAAUGGAUUAAAUCAUCUGAUAAAAACACAAACCAAACAUCCCAGGCACGUAAGAACGAAAUUUCCGCUCGGUCUGCCGAUUUAUAUUGGAUUUCUGAUGAAUAUGUUCGUGCCAGAUCUAUGAUUGAUAGAACAGGGGUUCUUGAAAGUUUCAAUAAGCUUCACAGUACUUGGGUUGUUUCAGAGCCUAAGUAA